GGGCGCGGCGCAGAGCGGAGCGGAGCGGAGGAUGCUGCGGGCGGGGACCGCCGCCAGCCCCGCUCCGGUCCCGGUCCCGGUCCCGGUCCCGGGCGGGAGGAUUCCCCGCCGCCCCCCGCCCGCUGAGCCCCGGCCCGGCCAUGGGGGCUCUGACCAGCCGGCAGAACGCAGGGGUGGAGGAAGUGGAUAUCCCCGCUAAUUCCGUCUACAGAUACCCCCCGAAAUCCGGGAGUUACUUUGCCAACCACUUCAUCAUGGGUGGGGAGAAGUUCGACUCCACGCACCCUGAGGGGUACCUCUUCGGCGAGAACAGCGACCUCAACUUCCUGGGGAACCGGCCCGUGGUGUUCCCUUAUGCUGCUCCACCUCCUCAGGAACCCGUGAAGACCCUCAGGAGCUUAAUCAACAUCCGCAAGGACACCCUGCGCCUGGUCAAGUGCUCGGAGGAGGUGAAGACCCCGGGGGAAGAAGUGAGCAAAGCCAAGGUGCACUACAACGUGGAGUUCACCUUCGACACGGACGCCCGUGUGGCCAUAACCAUCUACUACCAGGCAACUGAGGAAUUCCAGAAUGGGGUGGCGAGCUACACCCCCAGGGACAACAGCCUGCAGUCCGAGACGGUGCACUACAAGCGGGGGGUGUGCCAGCAGUUCUGUGUGCCCUCCCACACCAUCGACCCCUCCGAGUGGAGCGAGGAGGAGCUGGGCUUUGACCUGGACCGUGAGGUUUAUCCCAUGGUGGUGCAGGCAGUGGUGGAUGAAGGAGAGGAGCACAGUGGGCACUGCCACGUGCUGCUGGCCACCUUUGAGAAGCACAGUGAUGGCACCUUCUGCGUGAAGCCCCUCAAGCAGAAGCAAGUGGUGGAUGGUGUGAGCUACCUCCUGCAGGAGAUCUACGGCAUCGAGAACAAGUACAAUACACAGGACUCCAAGGUGGCCGAGGACGAGGUGAGCGACAACAGCGCCGAGUGUGUGGUUUGCCUGUCGGACGUCCGGGACACGCUGAUCCUGCCCUGCCGCCACCUCUGCCUCUGCAACACCUGCGCCGACACCCUGCGCUACCAGGCCAACAACUGCCCCAUCUGCAGGCUGCCUUUCCGAGCCUUGCUUCAAAUCCGAGCCAUGAGGAAAAAGCUGGGCCCGCUCUCCCCCACCAGCUUCAACCCCAUCAUCGCCCCGCAGACCUCCGACUCCGAGGAGCACUCGUCCUCGGAGAACAUCCCGCCGGGUUACGAGGUGGUGUCGCUGCUGGAGGCGCUCAAUGGGCCGCUGACGCCGUCACCAGCAGCGCUGCCCCCGCGGGCACUGGGGGACCCCCCGGGCGUGGGGACCCUGCCCUCCUACGGCACCGAUGGCCCCCUGCCCCCCCUGCGGGGCCUGGCACCCCUCGAGCGCCUGCCCGACUGCGGCCCCCCGGGACUCAAGCUGAAGAAGAGCAUCUCCAAGUCCAUCUCACAGAACUCCUCCAUCCUGCCCGAAGAGGAGGAUGAGAAGUCGUGCACUGAGUCUGAGCUGAGGGUCUCCAGGAGGAGAUCCCCAGCCCGGCACGAGGAGGAAUGUGGUGCAACGCCAGAGAGUGAAAACCUCACCCUGUCAUCAUCAGGAGCCAUCGACCAGUCCUCGUGCACUGGGACACCCCUGUCCUCCACCAUCUCGUCCCCAGAAGAGCCUGUGAGCAGCAGCCUGGCUCAGUCCGUCAUGUCCAUGGCCUCCUCCCAGAGCCAGCACUCCCAGCUCAGCACCGACACUGUGUCCUCCAUGUCUGGCUCCUACAUCGCCCCUGGCACAGAGGAGGAAGAGGAGGAGGAGGAGGAAGAGGAGGGGGACAUGCUCCCCUCGCCCACGGCCGCCAGCGCCACAGCCUCUGAUGGAGAGUCAACACCCGUGGAGUCCCCAGAUCUGAAUUUUGUCAGCAUUUCUGCCGAGGAGCGCGAUGCCGAGGGCAACGAUGUGCUGGAGGACGAGGACGCCUCUCCCACGCAGGAAGACGGCCCGAGGACAGGCGCUUUCCUCGGUCUGAGGUGUGACAAUAACAAUGACAUGGGCAUCGCACACGUGAAAGCGCUGGACAAUAAACUGUGCUCUGAGGCCUGCUUACCUGGCGACGAGACCGCCGGUCACCCGCUCGUGUGCAUGUCCCCGUGUCCCCGCGCCGCUCCCGCCUUCACCAUGUGCCUUCUGGUCUCUCCUGCCACGCAGCCGCCGUGCCGGACUCCUGCCCCAUUAACAUUGAGGAAUAGGCCCAGAGGCAGCCAACAACAACGUGGGGCUGCAGCAGACCUGGCCCCGCUGCCCCCCUGGCCCCCGGGACCCGGAGCGUGCAGCGGCCGCCCUGCCCAUGUGAGGGCUCAGCCUCGGUGGGGCACAGACACCCCUGCCCACCCAGGGGGACCCUGGUGUCUGGGCACCGUGGGCAUCGUCACUGCCACCCCUUGGCUGGACCAGGACUGAUUUUCAAAACAAAAGAUGGUAACCUCGACUUUUCUGUGGGGGCUGAAAGCCAUGUUACUUUGGAGCCCCCUACUAGCACCUUCCAGCCCCAACAGGGACAAGCUGGGGUCCCCUCCUGCCCCCCCAGUCAUCUUACACCCCCAGGCUCAUCUCCACCAAGCUGUGAAGCAGAUGGGACGGGGUCACCUCACCGAGGCAGUUCUGGGAUGUGGGUGGGUGGGGACAGUGGGGGAUGCUGUUCAGGGGUGCGGGUUGUAGGAUGAGCAUUGGGAUUGGCAUCCUUGGUGCAUGAGCUGCUGACUUUCAUGGGGGGCCGCCCCCACCCCAAGUUUGCUGACCUGUGCCCUUGCCCUGCUGUGCACUGUCCCCAGGCCACGGGAUGUCCCCAUUAAUGCACUGGCAGUAAUGGUGCCCCCAUAGCUCCCCCUCCCUCUGUUUUUCUGAGCAGCCUCUGGGCUCCUGAGGUGUGGCAGGGAUGGGCAGGAGGCCUGGUACUGCCCCCAGCCCAUGGGGCACUGACAAUUUCUCCUCUCUGUCUUCCGCCCUGCUGUGAGCUCAGGGCUCUGGGCUGUGCCCUCUCUCUGGAACAAGUGCCAAAAGUGUCACCCCCAUGCCACCCAUCCUGCCCUCCCCAUAACACGUUGUAGCAAGGGGUGGGUGAGGCUGCCCCCAUCUCCAUCCCUCUGGGCUGACAGCAAAAGUGGAUUUUGCUCUAAGGGCAGACACACAGGGAUAGUAAAGCAGGAGGAAUAAAGCCACAGACCCUGGGGGCCUGGUGGGGCCACUGGCAGUGCCAGGCUCUGCUCCAGAGAGCACCAGGGACAGUCAGAAAUCUCUUGGAGCCCCAUCAGACCCCGCAUCCCAAGCUAGCGGGCUCUGGGGCUGUUUGGGGCAGCCCAGGGUGGGAAGCUGAGCCUCCCUUUUCCCCACCUGGUUUUGUCACAUGGCUGUGGCAGCAAAGGCCACCUCCUCUUUGCAGGACACAGCUGUGUUUCAGAGCCACCUUAGCGCAGAGAUGUUCCUGCACUGAAAGCAGCAUCCCUGGAGGGGGUGGUGUGGGAAGCAGGUUCCCAGUGCCACCCCCACAGGCUGUGCUGAUGAUGGCUGUGGCUCCCAAAGAGGGAUGAAGCCCUUUUUGGGGCUGGGGGGUGUUUUCUCUGCCUGGCUCACAGCCAAGGCCGUGAUAGCUGCUUGCUCCGUGGCCCCAGUGUGGGUCCUGCCAGAGGUGGGUUUGGAGCCAGCCAUCCCACUGCUCUCUCCUCUGGGCUGGCUGUGUCUCCUCUAAGCUCAACAGCUCCCAAAUUCCUCCCUGGGACGCCAGGGCUGGGUGCUUGAUGUGAGGGGGUGACAUCUCCAAAAGGCCAUCCUGAGGGCUGAAGUGGUGGGGACAAGCCUUGUGCCCUGUUUGGGGACGUGCUGGGUGUCCUAAGGAGCCACAGCACCACACAGGGAGAGCUUUGGAGGUUGUGCUGAGCUAAGAAAACCACGGCAGCCAUCUCUUCCCUAAAUCUCAGCACGGGCAGGGGGGAGAAAACCGGGCUGAUGCUCCAGGGCACCUCCUCUACCAAAGCCCAACCUUCCUCGUGGUUUCAAAGGGGACAAGGACAGCUGGCCUGGCAGCCUGGCACAGGCUGCUUGUGGCUGCCAGCAGAACGAGGAGGACUUAGGAGUGACCGGGAGGGUUUUGUGGCUCCUGGGAGCGGUGGAAAGGUUGCAGGAGCCCCCAGACAAACGCAGUGCUGCUGCCUGGCUGCCAGCGAGGAAUCCAUCCUCUGGGUGGCACAGGAGAGACGGGAUUUGGGCGUGGGUGACAUCAGUGCCAUCCUCGGCCACCCUGAAGGGAUAAGGGGCAGGCAGGAGCUGCCAGCUGGAAGGUGACAGCCCCUUGUUCCAGCGACCCACGUGUCAGGGAUUGAAGGAAGGAAACCAGAUUGCUGCUUAUGAUUUUGCUUUGAGCAUGUCUUGGGUUUUAAGAGUAUGUUUAAUAAAGGGUAUCUUACGUGGA